UACAGCCACUCAGCUAAACGGAUCCGGAUCAGAGAGACGAAACUGACGCCCUACCUGGGCCCAGGUGAGCUCCACUCUGAAUCUCUCGAUUGCUCGGCGUCCAGGAUGGAAAGGACCGGGACGGUAUCCGGAGGAGACCAAGCUGGGGCCGAGUUCCCGAUGGAGCCCUUGGAAAACCAGGUCCCGAUCCUGGAGCGACUGCAGGUCCCCGCAGAGGAGCGACAACCUGAAAUUCCUGAGAGCAGCCCGGCUACCGCCACGCAAGAGGGGACGGGGGCGGGCCAGGACCUCUCGGGCUGGAAGAAGCUGCCCUCGCCGCGCCCCGCAGGCCUGCGGGUCCUGCCGCCCAGCCUUGGCUACGGCGCCUUCCGCCGCCAGACGUCCGCCAGCCCGGAGCUGCCGUCGCGGGGCCGCGCCGCCGCGGAACAGCCCCGGGAAGGCGAGGCUCCGGGGGCCGAGCUGGUGCCCUGGGCUGCCCCGGGGGAGCCGGCGCCCGGAGCCUGGGCGCCCAUGGAACUGCAGGUGGACGUGCGCGUGAAGCCGAUGGGCACGGCCAGCGGCAGCUGCGCGCCGUCUCCCGCGCCUUCCACGCGCUUCAUCACCGUGCCGGUGCCUGAGUCCCCAGCCUUCCCCCGCCACGCCUCCCCCGCGUACCCGCUCCUGCAGCGGACCGCGUCCAUGGGCAGCACGUGGGGCCGUGGCGCGCAGCUGCCCGCAGCCCGGGCGGAGCGCGGCCUGGACGCCGAGGGCCCGGCCAGCCCCGCCGAGGGAGGCGCGGAGCCCCCGGGCUCCCCCACGUGCCGCUGCCGCUGCAAGGAGCAGGAGCUGGAAAAGGAGAAGGCCGUGUUACUGCACCGCGUGGAGGUGGACGGCGACAAGAAACUGCACCGGGCGAUUAAGCUCAUCGGGCUGCCCAUGUACGUGAAGUCCCUGCGUUGGGCCCUGGCAAUCAUGGCCGUGCUCCUGGCGGUGUCUGCGGUCGCCAUUGUGGCCUUGGCUUCCAGAACAGGGGCCAGGUGCCGGCCAUGCCCCCAGGGCUGGCUGUGGUCUGGGGAGCACUGCUACUACCUCUCUGCCGAAGCUCAGGCCUGGGAGGCCAGCCAGGCUUUCUGCUCUGCCCACCACGCUACCCUACCCCUGCUGAUCCACACCGAGGAAUUCCUGAGCACUUACCCAGUAAUCAAGUACUCCUGGGUGGGAGCCCGGCGAGGCCCUCAGGGCUGGCACUGGAUCGACAGGGCCCCCCUGCCACCCCACCUACUCCCAGAGGAAGAUGAGGACCAGCCGGAUCUCAACUGUGGGGGCCUGGAGGGGGGCAAGCUCGUGGCUUUGGACUGCGCCUCUUCAAGACCCUGGGCCUGCGCCAAAGGGACCAAGUGACUUGGGUCCCAACCCACCCCGAGCCUGUUGGAGCAUGCAACACGCCCCCGCCAGGGGACCAAGUGACUUGGGUCCCGCCCAACCUGAGCCUCUUGGGGCACGCAGCCCCCCCCCCCCCCGGGACCAAGUGAAGAGCUGGGGCAGCAUCUUCCCUGUACCCAGGCUUCCAUGUCCCCCUGCUCCGUGCUCACGGGGCUCUGCCUGAGUGACCCAGGGAGCCAAGUGGCUUUCUGUGGUCCUGGGGCGGAAUGCCGGUUUUGGUCUCCAGGGUCUUAAGAGGAUUUGUUUGAUGACCUUAGGGUGGUUUUUUAAGCAUUUCUGAGCCUUGGUCUCUCCUUCAUUAAAAUGGCCAUAUCCCAUUUCCUUACCUGUUUCAACUGCACACCCUUUCAGUCCUAGAGGAACAGAAUGAAUUAGCAGUCACAGGUGAGUCCAACCCAGGUUCUCAUCGAGCCUGUGAAAUGAGUUUUUCAUUGUUUUGUGGCAAUGGGGUUUGGCAGCAGCAACGUCAUUGCUUUAAAUGCCAUUUCCAGGCCACUGGGCACAUGACCAACAUGGCUGACCAGCAGAGUCAUGGCAGAUGACCCUCCUCCCAGAGGAGGAAGAGGGAGGUUCUGCACUGAUGGCCAAGGCUGGGACAAUGCAGACGACAGGGCCACCUGGGCGGGGGGCAGCCAAGGGAGCAUAUCCACCCCCACCCCCCCAACACUUGGUAGGUGCAAGUUGCUACAAAACACAGGGUCCAAGAAAGGCAACUGGAGAAAUGUGGGGCGGUUCAAGGCAACUCUUCCAUCCGCAGCUGUGGGGACACCAGCCUGGAGAUGUCUGUGUUGGGGUUCAGUGAAGGGCCUUCGGGCUAGCGGGUGUGCCACCAGGGUGGGCGAGACGAGCUUGUUUAGUCUCCCCAGCCUGUACAGACCUCGCUGAUGCAGGGAACUGGCUGUGCCUACGUCUCACCUUGGGCCAAGCAUUCGAUACAACUGUCCUAUACAAACCAACUUUCCUCUUUAAACUCUGACCAUGCAUCCAAACUCCCCUUGGAGAAACCCGUAUUGGCCCACUGAAAGCAGAAGCUUGUACAGGUUGUACGGGCGUCUGGGAAAAAGGGGUGGAGGGAUCUAUAGGGCACACCUGACGCAAUAAACAUCUUACAAACACUGUGGUCUUUCUCGUGGCUUUCUUAUUGCAACUAACGCCAGAGCUUGACAACAUGCU